CAAUUUCUUCAUUUUUCCAUCUUCCAAAUAAAACAUUCAAGAGCGCCAAAAGAGUUUCCCAUGGCUUCCACAGCUUCCAACCUCUCCUCCAAACCAAAACUCUUCCCAUCAUAUCUAAGUUCGAAAACACAAUUAAAUCCAAACAGCACCUUCAUCGCAUUCCCAACAUUUUAUUCUUCAAACAAAAUCCGACUUCGGGGUGAGUACAACCCCGCCAGCGCGAGGUACAGCGAAGUGGUGGUGGAUGAAGAGAUCGACAAGAUUAGGCGGCUGCAGAACGGCUCGGAUGUGCGUGGAGUGGCGGUGGAAGGCGAGAAGGGGAGGCCGGUGAACUUGACGCCGCCAGCUGUGGAGGCGAUAGCGGAGAGCUUUGGGGAGUGGGUGAGGAAUGAGUUGGGGAGAGAAGGAGGAGAGGUUAGGGUGUCGCUGGGGAAGGACCCGAGGAUUUCGGGCGGGGUUCUAAGCGUGGCGGUGUUUGCGGGGCUGGAGCGGGCGGGGUGCGUAGGGUUCGACAUGGGACUCGCCACCACGCCGGCGUGCUUCAUGAGCACAGUGCUGCCUCCCUUUUUAUUCGAUGCUUCUAUUAUGAUGACAGCGUCGCACUUGCCGUACACUAGAAAUGGGUUAAAGUUCUUUACAAAAAGAGGAGGGCUGACGUCAUCGGAGGUGGAGGAGAUAUGCGAGAAAGCUGGCCGGAAAUAUGCGAAUCGGCAGGCUAAAGUGUCGACGGCGCUUAAGGUUCGGCCGAAGACGGUGGAUUUGAUGAGCGCCUACUCUAAUCAUCUCAGAGAUAUCAUCAAGCAAAGAGUCAAUCAUCCUUCCCAUUAUGAUUCCCCUCUUCAAGGAUUUCAGAUAAUCGUAAACGCCGGCAACGGCUCCGGCGGGUUCUUCACAUGGGACGUGCUGGACAAGCUGGGCGCCGACACGUUCGGAUCGCUCCACCUCAACCCGGACGGCAUGUUCCCCAACCACAUCCCCAACCCGGAGGACAAGACCGCCAUGGCCCUCACACGCGCCGCCGUCCUCCAAACCAAGGCCGAUCUCGGCAUCGUCUUUGACACGGACGUCGACCGCAGCGGCGUCGUCGACAAGGACGGCAACCCCAUCAACGGCGACAAGCUCAUCGCCCUCAUGUCCGCCAUCGUCCUCAAGGAGCACCCAGGCACCACCGUCGUCACCGACGCCCGCACCAGCUUGGCCCUCACGCGCUUCAUCACCGACAGAGGCGGCCGCCAUUGCCUCUACAGGGUCGGCUACCGGAACGUCAUCGACAAAGGAGCUCAGCUCAAUCGAGACGGCAUCGAGGCGCAUUUGAUGAUGGAGACCUCCGGCCACGGCGCCUUGAAGGAGAACUACUUUCUUGAUGAUGGAGCGUAUAUGGUGGUGAAGAUAAUUAUAGAGAUGGUGAGGAUGAAGCUGCAAGGGUCGGAGGAAGGUAUUGGGAGUUUGAUCAAAGAUCUUGAGGAGCCUUUGGAGUCGGUGGAGUUGAGGAUGGAUGUGUUGUCGGAGCCUAGGUUUGCAAAGGCCAAAGCGGUGGAGAUCAUCGAGGAGUUUAGGAACUACAUCGGGGAAGGAAGAUUGGAAGGUUGGGAGUUGGAUUCAUGUGGAGAUUGUUGGGUAAGUGAUGGGUGUCUAGUGGACUCCAAUGAAGCGGCAUUUGCUAUUGAUGCCCAUAUGUACAGGGCCAAAGUGUGUUCAAGUGAUGAGGGGGAAUAUGGGUGGAUACAUUUGCGACAGAGUAUUCAUAACCCAAAUAUAGCUGUUAAUCUACAAUCCACUAUUCGAGGAGGGUGUCAAUCCAUGACAACAACUCUUAGGGACAAGUUCCUUGUAGCCAGUGGCUUGGAUAAAUUUCUCGAUAUUUCACAGAUAGACAAGUUUGCCAACAAAGGGGAAUUGUAACUUUAAUUUGAAAUAUUUGCAUAUACAUGUAAAAUUUAAAUAUGCAUAUAUAAAGAGAAUCUUAUAUA